UUUUGGGUCUAUUUUAUCUUAACUACACAAACGGAUGGCAGUAUUAAAGGAAAUACUUUAUGAUCUGGUCAUUGACACAGAAAGGUGAUUAUUGAAGACCCAAUGAGUUGGGGGUUUACACAUGGACCAUAUAAAUCAUCAUGGUCAUCGGUAUCAAUAGUAGUUACCUGCACAGCAACAUCAGAUCCUAUGUCAUCGAAGAGCUGAAAGAUCAUAGCACCUCUAUAAUGAUUUCUGGAUCUUUCGAUCCCCGUCUGCCUAAGGUUCUUCAGGAUGCCACCACAGCAAGCCCCAUUCCAACUUCUACCUUUACCAGUGAGAAUGACACACAAUGCGGGGAACUGAUGAUUCUUAAUUAUGGCCACAUUGAAAAACUUUUCAUCGGAGCCAUCCUAUCCUUGAUCACUUUGUUAACGAUUGCAGGAAAUUGCCUGGUGGUGAUAUCAGUGUGUUUUGUGAAAAAACUCCGACAGCCUUCCAACUAUCUAAUUGUGUCUUUGGCUUUGGCUGAUCUCUCAGUGGCUAUAGCUGUCAUGCCUUUUGUCAGUGUUACGGAUCUCAUUGGAGGAGAGUGGAUCUUUGGGCACGUAUUUUGCAAUGUUUUCAUUGCUAUGGAUGUCAUGUGCUGCACAGCUUCCAUUAUGACUUUAUGCGUUAUAAGUAUUGACAGGUACCUUGGAAUCACCCGGCCACUUACAUAUCCUGUGAGACAGAAUGGCAGAUGCAUGGCCAAAAUGAUCCUUUGUGUCUGGCUCCUUUCUGCUUCUAUAACAUUACCUCCUCUCUUUGGCUGGGCCCAGAAUGUAAAUGACGAUAAAGUCUGCCUUAUCAGCCAGGAUUUCGGAUACACCAUCUAUUCCACAGCAGUUGCCUUUUACAUUCCAAUGUCAGUGAUGCUUUUUAUGUACUACAGGAUCUUUAAAGCUGCUAAAAGGAGUGCAGCAAAGCACAAAUUUCAUGGAUUUCCCCGCCCUGAAGAGAGUGAAGGAAUGAUUUCUGCAAAUGGAAACAUGAAAAUCCAUAAAGAGUCCGAAGAAUGUACAAAUUUCUCAAAGCUGCUGAGAAACGAUAGGAAAAACAUUUCUAUUUUUAAAAGAGAACAGAAAGCUGCUACCACCCUUGGGAUUAUUGUAGGGGCAUUUACAAUUUGCUGGCUACCUUUUUUUAUACUUUCGACGGCAAGACCUUUUAUUUGUGGAACCGAGUGCAGUUGCAUUCCGUUUUGGUUGGAGAGGACCUUUUUAUGGCUGGGAUAUACAAACUCUCUUAUAAACCCUUGUAUUUAUGCCCUUUUUAACAGAGAUCUGAGGACAACUUAUAGAAAUCUGUUACAGUGCAGGUACAGAAAUAUCAACCGGAAGCUUUCUGCUGCAGGGAUGCAUGAGGCUUUGAAGCUAGCAGAAAGGCCUGAUCAUGCCUUGACCAGGCGGCAAAGCAGAGAGAACUUUAGAAGCAUCACAAAACCCUUACCUAAGAACCCAUGAUUUAUGCAGACAAGAAGAAGGAUUGUGAAGAGCUAAUGAUGAAAAGAUCAGUUGAUCAGAAGACUGAACUUAUAGUUUGUGCUUCAAUCAUGUACCAUUUUGUCUACAACCAGAGGGAUGUCUUUACUCUUCAAAUGUUAAAUAUGAGCGCAAUCUUUAAUGUGUUCUACAAUCAUUAAUAAAACUAAUUAUAAAGUCUAUGUACCAAAUAAACAUUUUUUAGAUCUA